ACCGAAUGAAUCCACUCUGCAUCUGCUUUAAUGUUUUCAUGUUGCUCUUAAUUACUUUUAUGGACAUAAUUUGGAGCGGAAACUCUUCUGAGUAAAGAGUAUGAGCACAUAAACUCCACAUCUGCAAUGGAAAACUUAACCCUGAGCUCAAAUCAAUCAGAAUGCUACCCAGUUGAUAGCACUUCAAGGAGGAGGUCGUUUAUGUUUUUCUACCUGGCUAUCAUCGUCACUGCCAUCCCAUCCAACGCCUUCUCCCUGUACGUGUCGUGGCAGCACAUCAGACAGAAGAACGGUCUCGGUGUGUAUCUAUUUAACUUGGCGCUGAGUGACCUGACCUUCACCAUCGGCCUUUCCCUGUGGUUGGACUUUCUGUGGAAAGGACUUUGGAUCCACGGAGGCUACGUUUGUAUGCUAUCUGUCUACUUCCUCUACACUAACUUUUACACCAGCGAAGCUCUCCUCUGCUGCAUCGCUGUUGACCGCUACCUAGCAGUGGUUCACCCCUUUAAGUACACUUUCUUGAGGAAAGUGAAUACUGCAGCAGCAGUUGGUGUUGCCAUUUGGUUGUUGGUGUUCUGUUUCAACGCUACAACCAUCUCUUGGGAGGACUCAUACCAUGAGUACAACAAGUUUGCAGUGUGCUUUGAUAUUUUUCUCCCGCUGUCAAGGAACCUUGUCUGGGCUAAUGUAGCACGCUUUAUCCUGGGCUUUAUUAUUCCCUUUCUCCUGGUGGUGUUUUCCACCUGGGGGAUCUGGGAGGCCGUCAAAUCCAAUCAGGCCACAAAGGAACGAGAACGUAAACGUAUUCUAAAGCUGCUGACGGUAGUUCUGCUCUGUGUUUUGUUCUGCUUUGGGCCUAUCCACGUCAUGAUGCUCCUCUGCACACAAAUGGAUGACUGCAGGGAGGUUGCAUGGCUCCUUUACCCAUACAAAAUCAGCUUAGCUCUCUCCAGCUUAAACUGCCUUGCAGACCCUCUCCUUUACUGCUUUAUUACUAGAACGGGGAAGGAAAAUGUCAAUCAAGUUGUUCUAUUCUUCCAGGUAAAGAAGAGGAGCAAUGAUGAAGAUGUGGUGUAGUUUUAAAAAAAGUAAAUAGCUAAACUAUAUGACAAAUGCGUGGUAAGCUUUAGAGUUAGAGAUUAAACUAUAUGAUCCUGAAGUUUGUAUCAGUUGCAGACACAAAUGUGAGAAAGUUGUCAACUGGUAAAGAUUGUCAGCUAUUACGCGACAAAGUUGGCAGUGUUGGCAAUGUUGAUAUGUGUCUCGUUGACGACAAAUCUCAUUACACUAAACCAAACAAUGGGUUACUCUGUCUCUAAAACAACUUCCUGGUACCGGUCUAUGGCACCCGAAUCCCAGAAGAAGUGUUGGAAGAAGUAUUCUGUUUUG